GACCUGCUGCUAGCGGCGGCUGCCUCUGACACUCCGGGGGCGCAUCUGGCUGAUAUCACCCCCAUCAUCGCCCUCAUCUGCUGAGAGGAGGGGACCGGCGGCAUGGGGAACACCACGUCGUGCUGCGUGUCCUCCAGCCCCAAGCUGCGGAGAAAUGCCCACUCCAGGCUGGAGUCCUACCGGCCGGAGCACGACAUCAGCCGGGAGGACACCGGGUGCAACCUGCAGCACAUCAGCGACCGGGAGAACAUAGACGAUAUGAACAUGGAGUUUAACCCCUCGGAUCAUCCACGGGCAAGCACAAUAUUUCUCAGCAAAUCCCAAACAGAUGUGAGAGAAAAGCGGAAGAGCCUUUACAUAAACCAUCAUCCACCAGGGCAAAUGAGGAGAAAGUACAGCUCUUGCUCUACAAUUUUCCUUGAUGACAGCACAGUCAGCCAACCUAACCUCAAGUAUACCAUUAAAUGCGUAGCACUGGCAAUAUAUUACCACAUAAAAAACAGAGAUGGAGAUGGAAGAUUGCUGUUGGACAUUUUUGAUGAAAAACUUCACCCUCUUUCUAAAUCAGAAGUACCGUCUGAUUAUGAGAAGCAUGACCCAGAACAGAAACACAUAUAUCGAUUUGUUCGGACGCUCUUCAGUGCUGCCCAGCUGACAGCUGAAUGUGCCAUAGUAACUUUGGUUUAUCUAGAAAGACUGUUAACUUAUGCGGAAAUAGACAUUUGUCCGGCAAACUGGAAAAGGAUAGUACUAGGAGCGAUAUUACUUGCCUCCAAGGUUUGGGAUGACCAGGCCGUGUGGAAUGUGGACUACUGUCAGAUCCUGAAAGAUAUCACGGUGGAAGACAUGAAUGAGCUGGAGCGUCAGUUUCUGGAGCUGCUGCAGUUCAACAUUAACGUUCCAUCCAGUGUCUAUGCCAAGUAUUAUUUUGACCUGCGCUCACUGGCAGAAGGGAACAACCUCAGCUUUCCUCUGGAACCCCUCAGCCGGGACCGUGCUUGUAAACUGGAGGCUAUUUACCGCUUGUGUGAGGAUAAGUACAAGGACUUCCGAAAACAGGCCAAGAGACGUUCUGCAAGUACUGAUAACCUAACUGUCGUACGAUGGUCGCCCGCCAUUUUAUCCUAACAGUGGCUUCAGUCCAGGCUCCACUGUCUCAUGUACUGUUUUGUCCAGAUAUUGUCGUCUUUUGUCUUGGGAAAUAAGACAGUAUUAUAUUAUUAUUAUUAUUAUUAUUGUUAUUAUUUUAUUUUUUACUCUGAAGAGUCGACAAGCCUCCCUUACAGUGCCUCCCUGUCACAAAGAUGGGACACAUCCGUCACUUUCCGGAGACAUUUAAGCCAUUUCAUAGCUUCAACCUUCUUGCAAAUUAUUUGGACUACGAUUCUUAAAUUAAUGGAACUUGAAAGAAAAUAUGAAAAAAAAAAAAAAAAAAAAAAAAAACGGGCCACAAAUAACAGGGACAAAAAAAAUGUUUGCGAAUCAAAUGCUGGAAAAAUCCAGAAACUGGCAUUUUCUUUCUGUGAAUUUAUCAAGAAAAUCAGCGUUUUUACCCAAAUAUUCAGGUUUUUUUCUCACCACGUUCUAUCAGACAGAAGCUAAGGGCAGGUGUAUGGAGUGAUGGUCAAGAUGAUCAAAUGUGACGGCGUAAAUACAUCGGGAAGACUGGGGCACAGUUAACGGGUUGUCACUUAGAACUGCUUGGAACCAGCACAACGUUACCUGACUCUACCCUUUUCUUUCAGUUUUUUCCACUAGUAUAAAGUUGCAGAUAGUCCUGGCACCACAUCCAAGGAGUCACACUUUUAUCACAUAUGUGCCCAACAUCAGCUUCAGUGGACUCGCGGUUUGUCCGUUUUCCCUGGAGCCGAGCAUGCCACGGAAACAGCUAUGGCUCAACGAACAUCCAAGUACAGUAGUCCUGCAUUGCAUCGGCUCAAUAAAACAGGGCCUUUUAGUGAUUCGAAGAGUAAACCAAAAACGUUGCUUACGCGUUUCAGGUAUACUGUAGCCCGAAACGCGUAAGGAGCCUUUUGUAGUCGACUCUUCAGAGCAAUAACAGAUCCUCCUGUUCUGUCGGGCCGGUGCACUGCCGGAUUACUUCACUUGCACAUCCAAGGAGGUUUCAAGAGAGCCAAGCCUGAACCAUAAAGGUCAUGUGACCACACUGCUGACUAUUGAUUGGUCAGAGAGAAUCAUACCUACAGUGCUACCAACUAUUUGAGGGGUUACCGUAUCUGCAGUGGAAAACAUGCAAGUAGAGUAGGAUGGGGCUGGUACCAUGGGUGGUUUAGUGGCUUAAAGGGGUUUUCCAGGAGUAGAAUAUUGAUGACCUAUAUCUGACUGGUGGGGGUCUGACUCCUGUCACCCCUGCUGAUCAGCUGUUUAAAUAGUGCUCCAGAAAGCGCCACCACCUCUUCCUAGGCCGGUGAUGUCACGUUCAUCGAUCACGUGGCCUUGGUGCAUCUCGGUACCAUUCAAGCUGCAGUACCAAGCAUGGCCACUAUACAAUGGAUGGCGCUGUGCUUGGUAAGCUGUGGCACCUCUUCAAACAGCUGAUUGGCAGGGGUUGCGGGUAUAGACGCCCACACCGAUUAGAUAAUCUGCUCCUGGACAACCCCUUUCAAGUUGUCACCAGAACCAGGUUUACAUCUCAGGAGUCCAUGGGCCCUUAGACCUUUGCCUGCAUGUAGAACGCCAUCCUCUGUGAGCAUCCAAUUAGUAUAUGAAUAUCAUUAAUGUAUAUAUGAAUGCACAUGGAUCCAUGUAUUCAUAUGGAAACUUUCCCCAGAGACACCUAUAGGCGCAGGCCUACCAUGCAUAUGGGCAGAUCCGCCCCUGCUCGUCAUCCUGCUUUUCUAGGAUCCUGCAUGUAAAAUCUGCUUGGGCUACUUUCACACUGGCGUUCGGUGCGGAUCCGUCUUGUAUCUUCACAGACGGAUCCGCACCGAUAAUGCAAACGCUUGUAUCCGUUCAUAACGGAUCCGUUUGCAU